AUGAGUGGAGAUGAGGAGAAGAAACAAGGCAUUCCUAGAAAAAUCAGCAGUCUUGAAGAAAUCAUAGUGAAAUGUGAAUGUUUUGUGGACAAAGAUGGAGAAGAGAGAUUAGCUGAAAUACUGUCUAUAAACUCGAGGCGAUCGCCUCCCAAAUUUUAUAUUCACUAUGUGGAUUUCAACAAACGUUUAGAUGAAUGGAUUCCCGCAGAUAGGAUCAAUUUGGAAAAGGAAGUGUAUUUCCCCAGACCUAAGAGUAAUGAAGAUGACUUGAAGAAGAAGAAGAAGAAAAAGAAAGCUACUGAAAAUGAGAAUGAAUCUAAUGAGCCCGCUGAUGUGAUGGAUUUAGAUAACUUAAAUGUGCAAGGUGCUGGAGGUGAACUUACGCAUGAGGAGGAAAUAAAGAAGUUGAGGACAUCAGGAUCUAUGACUCAAAAUCCACAUGAAAUUGCCAAUGUGAGAAACCUUAACAUUGUAGUUAUGGGUAAAUAUGAGAUAGAGCCAUGGUAUUUCUCACCUUAUCCAGUAGAAUUGACGGAGGAAGAUGUGGUUUACAUUGACGAUUUUACCCUGCAGUAUUUCGGAUCCAAGAAACAAUAUGAGAGAUAUAGAAAGAAAUGUACACUGCGACAUCCGCCUGGUAAUGAAAUUUAUCGAGAUGAUUAUGUUUCUUUUUUCGAAAUCGAUGGUAGGAAACAAAGAACUUGGUGUAGGAACCUAUGUCUUUUAUCAAAAUUGUUCUUAGAUCAUAAAACGUUAUACUACGACGUUGAUCCAUUUCUUUUUUACUGUAUGACGAGAAAGGAUGAGCUAGGCCAUCACUUGGUUGGAUAUUUUUCGAAGGAAAAGGAAUCGGCCGAUGGUUAUAACGUUGCAUGUAUUUUGACGUUACCACAAUAUCAAAGAUGUGGUUAUGGUAAGUUACUCAUUGAAUUUUCCUAUGAAUUAUCCAAGAAGGAAGGGAAAGUUGGAUCACCUGAAAAACCACUUUCAGAUUUAGGUCUGUUGUCCUACAGAGCUUAUUGGGCGGAUACUUUAAUAAAAAUUUUAGUGGAACAUCGGAACGAGAUUACCAUUGAGGAGAUUAGUCAAAUGACUUCAAUGACCACGAUGGAUAUUCUACAUACUGCGAAGACCUUGAAUAUUCUCAAAUACUACAAGGGCCAACAUAUAAUCUUUCUCAACGAAGAGAUUUUGGCAAGGUACGAUUAUUUGAAGACGAAAAAAAGAAGAAGUAUUGAUCCUAAUAAAUUGAUCUGGACGCCACCCCUAUUUACGGCUUCUCAAUUACGGUUUGCUUGGUAA